GUCGGUAUGGAAAAGAGGAGGAAGGUUUGGGAAGCAUCUCAUUGGCCAGAUUUAGGACUUUGCCCCCACAUAGCUCGAGAACUUCAGUCCUACAGUUACAUUUGGUGUCAGUACUAUGGCGGCUCAGACUAAGCCUGUCCUUUAUGGAUAUUUCAGAAGUUCUUGCUCGUGGAGAGUCCGGAUAGCUUUUGCCCUGAAGGGUAUUGAAUAUGAUCAAGUACCAGUAAACCUUAUUAAGGAUGGAGGCCAACAGUUCACAGAUCAGUAUAAAGCUUUGAACCCGAUGCAGCAAGUGCCUGCUGUGAGCAUUGAUGGCAUCACCUUGUCUCAGUCACUGGCCAUCAUCCAAUACAUUGAUGAAACUCAGCCAGGGCCACGGCUCCUCCCUGCUGACCCAAAGCAGCGGGCUCAGGUGCGCAUGAUUUGUGACCUCAUCGCCUCUGGGAUCCAGCCUCUACAGAAUCUUUAUGUAAUACAGAAAAUUGGGGCAGAGAAGGUACAGUGGGCUCAACAUUUCAUCAACCGAGGAUUUGAGGCUCUGGAGCCCAUUCUGAAGCAGACAGCUGGAACAUACUGUGUUGGGAAUGAGAUAUCCAUGGCAGACAUUUGUCUGGUGCCCCAGGUCCACAAUGCUGAAAGGUUCAAAGUGGACAUUAACCAGUUUCCCACUAUCAAGCGGCUGAAUCAGACAUUAAUAGAGCUUGAAGCCUUCAAAGUGAGCCAUCCGUCUUGUCAGCCAGAUACUCCUGAUGACUUGCACACAUAAAUUUCGUUUUUAAGUAUGUUUGAUGAGCUGUCUACAUGGUGUUACUAAUGGCAAAAUGAUACUCAAACUUCACUAAAGUCAACUUCAUGCAA